AUGAUCGUAAUGGAACUGAUUAAUGGUGGAGGUCUUGAUCACUAUCUACAAAAAAAUCCUAAUAUUCAUCCACAAAUGAAAACAUUUUACGCAGCCAACGUAGCGUUUGGCUUGGUAUACUUGCACAGUAAAAGGUGUAUGCAUAGAGAUGUGGCAUGCCGCAAUUGUCUCAUCGACGAGAAAAACAACAUCGUUAAAAUUUCCGAUUUUGGUCUAUCGAAACAAGGAGACUCUUACAAAGUUCCUGAAGAAGAGAAGCUGGCCAUACGAUGGUAA